UCCACCCCUCGCGCCUCCGCCUUCUGUCACACCGUUUAUACCUCCGCCCACUACUACAGCGUCUUCUUCAGAAAAGAAGCAGCGAGCUUGCGUCGUAGUCACCGUUAACGCUUGCGCAGCGGUCUCGAUUUUCCAGCAGGUUGGGGAGAGACAAUGAAGCAGGUGGUAGGAACGGUGGUGUCAAACAAGAUGCAGAAAUCAGUGGUGGUGGCAGUGGAUAGGUUAUUCCAUCACAAAUUAUACAAUCGAUACAUCAAACGCACAUCUAAAUUUAUGGCACAUGACGAGAACAAUGUCUGUAACAUCGGUGAUCGAGUUAGACUUGAUCCUUCUAGGCCUUUGAGUAAGCGUAAGCAUUGGACUGUUGCUGAAAUUAUUAAGAAAGCAAGAAUUUAUGUUCCACCAUCUGCACCUGUGACUAAAGAGCCAAGUCCCAGCUCCGAAGCGCCUGCUUCCUAGUAUAACAUAGUUCUGAAUGUAUGAGUCAAUUUUAUUGGCAGCAGCAUGCAUUUUUAUAAACCCCCCCCCCCCCCCAAAAAAAAAGUGAAAAUCUCACACUAUCUUGAAUAUUCUCUGGUGUGUCCGUGCGGGUGCGUUCUUACAACAUUUAUCUCUCAUGUCGCCUAUAUGCAAAUUUUUCAUCACUCUUCUUACUUUGUC